AUGAAGCGGGUGUACCUGAUCGAACCCGUGGUCGCCCUCUAUGCCUUCGCCAUGUUUAUGACUUAUCCGCUGCUGCAGCAGUUUGUCUACAGGCGUCUCUGGCAAGACCUGACUGGUUCACCUUUCCCCAGCAGCCCCAAUGUCUCACACUGCUCAAACAACUACAGUAACCAAAGCAUUCACAAGAGGGUACAGAUGGAGGCAUCUCUUUUCUUUCUGCAGAGUGAACUCUGCUUCCUUUUCCCCAGCCUGAUCAUAUCUCUGCUCCUGGUGUCCUACAGCGACCACAGCGGCCGAAAGGCAGCCAUCGUACCCCCGCUGGUGGGCGACUUGCUCUUCGGACUCAGUUAUUUCAUCGUCAGUUAUCUCUCCCUCAACCUCAGAUACCUCCUGCUGGCAGCUUUCCUCACAGGUUUCCUGGGAGGUCCAGCCUCUUUGCUGGGGGGCUGUUUUGCCUACGUGGCUGACUGCUGUUCUGGGAAGGAGAAAGCUGGAGAGAAGAUGGUGCGUAUGGCGGGGUUGGACAUGCUGUUGGGCGUUCUGUCUGGACUAGCCUCUCUCUGCACGGGGUUCUUCAUCAGCGCCACCGGCUUCAGCUGGCCCUUCCUCACCGCCGCCCUGCUGCACCUGCUGAAUCUGUUCUAUGUGUUCGGGGCUCUACAGGAAUCCAUGGUGCUUCCAGACCCCCAACCCGUUUUGUCACCUCCCUCUCCUUCCUCCUCCUCUUCCCUAAGCACUGACACUGAACCUCCUCGCCUGAGUCAGAAACAAGCUGUAAUGAGUCAGCUCCAGGGCGUGUAUCUGCUUUUUGCCACCUCCACAAGGAGGCGCAAAUUAGCUCUGGGCCUAAAUCUCGCAGCGUUCACUUUUUACAAGGUGGCAAACGUUGGAGGCUUCUCCAUCUUCAUCCUGUAUGAGCUGAACACGCCGCUGUGUUGGGACGAGGUGUUUGUAGGUUACGGCUCAGCCUUCUCCACCGCUAUCUUCCUCGGGAGCUUUGCCGGGGUGUGGCUGCUGUCCCGUUGUCUGCGUGACCCACACAUUGUUCUGAUAGGCCUGAUUUCUGUUGCUGCCGGAUUCAUCAUGACAGCCUUUGCCAAGACGACGCUGCUCAUGUUUCUCGUGAGGCUACCUCUGCUCCUCUCAAUCAUGCCCACCCCUGUGUUUCGUUCCAUGAUGUCCAAACUGGUUACGAGCUCCGAACAGGGUGCCAUGUUUGCAUGUGUGUCUUUUGUGGAGAUGCUGAGUAUGGGUUUAGCUUACACCAUCUUCAGCAGUAUUUACGCGGCUACAGUCUACUGGUUCUCAGGUUUCAGCUUUCUCUUAGCGGCUGGGCUGUCCCUCGUUCCUGCGGCUCUCAUUGGAGCGCUCCUGUUCUUCCAUCUGGAUGUGGACGACGAGACCAGUUACCUGACCAGUAAUGAAGAGACUGAGAGUCAGCCAGAGUCCUUCCAGCUUCCACCAUGGGACCCAAGCUGA